AUGCAGUUCACAUGCCUCCUCGUCGCGGUCACCGCCCUCGCCCUCGGCACCAACGCCGGCGUCAUCGCCCGCGACGGCGCGCGCCUCGCCCAGAUCCGCGUCUUCGGCGGCACGGACUGCGUCGAGCAAAAUGACGGCUUCUACACCAUCGACCAGUCCGACGCCGACACCUGCAAGACCUUCGAGGGCGUCGAUGCCCCCAUCUCGUCGGUGAAGCUGGAAGUGCAGAAUUCACCUGCUGCCGACGGCUGCCAGUUGUACGUCUACACCGAUGAGUCUUGCACGGCUGGCCGACGCGCCCUCGCUCUCGAGACCUGCAGCGACGCCAGCGAGGUCGGGACUUGGGGCUCGUGGAAGCUGUCUUGCGGCGGGGGCUCUGCUUAG